AUGGGGCAAAGUUUGCCCUUCACCAUGCCUCCUCCGCCGCACCAAAAACCCGAGAAUGUGCUCAAGAGGGCGCACGAGCUGAUCGGGGUCAAGCAGACCCCGGCCGCGCUCACCCUCUUGCACGAGCACAUCACAUCGAAGAGGUCCCGAAAUGUCCCUAUCGCCUCCCUCGAGCCGGUUAUGAUCCUGCUCGUCGAGCUCUCAGUCGAGUUGAAGAAGGGAAAGCUUGCGAAGGAUGCCCUCUACCAGUACAAGAAUAUUAGCCAAAACACCAACGUCGGCACGAUCGAGUUGGUGCUCAAGAAAUUUAUCGAACUCGCGGCGGAGAAGGUCACCGCGGCCCAACAGAAGGCCGAUGAGGUCCAGUCAUCGAUCGACGCGACGACCUCGACAUCAAACAUUGACGACUUGGAGGCGACCGAGACCCCCGAGAGCAUUUUACUCGCGACCGUCUCCGGCGAGCAGUCCCGAGACAGAACCGACCGUGCCAUCGUCACCCCUUGGCUCAAGUUCCUCUGGGAGGCCUACCGUACCGUCCUCGACAUCCUCCGCAACAAUGCUCGCCUCGAGGUCCUCUACCAGAGCACGGCCAUGCAGGCUUUCGACUUCUGCCUGAAGUACACCAGAAAGACCGAGUUCCGCAGACUCUGCGAGUUGCUCCGCAACCAUGUUCAGACCGCGGCCAAGUACUCCGCGCAGAUGCACGCCAUCAACUUGAGCGACCCCGACACUCUGCAGCGCCACCUGGAGACCCGUUUCCAGCAGUUGAACGUUGCCGUCGAGCUCGAGCUGUGGCAGGAGGCUUUCCGCUCUGUUGAGGAUAUCCACACCCUCCUCAACCUCAGCAAGCGCCCUCCCAAGAACAUCAUGAUGGCCAACUACUACGAGAAGCUUACCCGUAUUUUCCUCGUCGGCGAGAACUACCUCUUCCACGCCGCUGCUUGGUCCAGAUACUACACUCUCCUGCGCCAGUCUGCCGCUAUGGUUGCCACUGGUCAGAGCAAGAAGGCCGACAACCCGCCCGCCACCGAGGCUGAUCUUCAGAAGGCCGCCUCUUUCGUGCUGCUGUCCGCCUUGGCCAUCCCCGUCAUUAGCACCACUCGCUCCCGCGGUGCCAUGGUCGAUUUCGACGAGUCGCGGAAGAACAAGAACGCCCGCCUUACCCACCUGCUGGGCAUGUCUCAAGCUCCUACCCGUGCUGGCCUGUUCCGCGACGCUCUCGCCAAGCAGCUGUUGAAGCGCGCUCGCCCUGAGAUCCGCGACCUCUACAACAUCCUUGAGGUCGACUUCCACCCCCUCUCUAUCUGCCAGAAGAUCUCCCCCAUUCUUACCAAGAUUGGCGCCGACGCUGAGAUGGAGAAGUACAUCCUGCCCCUUCAGCAGGUCAUCCUCACCAGACUGUUCCAGCAGCUGUCGCAAGUGUACGAGACCGUCGACCUCAGCUUCGUUGAGAAGCUGGCCGAGUUCCCCGAGCCCUUCCAGGUUACUCGUGGUACUAUCGAGAAGUUCAUCAUGAACGGUAACAAGAAGGGUGACCUGGCCAUCCGCAUGGACCACGCCACUGGCGUUCUCAGCUUCGACAACGACGUCUUCUCUUCUGCCAAGGCUGCUCACGCUGGCUCCUCUGCUGGUUCCGCCGAGGCCGAUGGCAGCUCCGUCCAGCGCCUUCAGAGCACUCCUUCCGAGAUUGUCCGCUCUCAACUCACCCGUCUCGUCAAGUCGCUGCACACCACUUGCUUCUACGUCGACUCUAGCUACACCCAGUCUCUUGUGACUGCCAGGGAAGCCGCUCUGGCUCGGGCCCGCGCUGGCGCUGAGCAGGAGCACCAUGCCAUUCUUGCGAGAAAGGAGGUUAUCCAGAAGCGCAAGGAGGAAGCUUCUGAAGCCCAGGCUCGGAAGGAGAGAGAGAACGCUCGCCAGAAGCGCCUCCGUGAGCAGUUGCUUCAGGAAGCCGAGGACAAGCGUCUCGCUGCCGAGCAGAAGGAGCGUGAAGAGAAGCGAAUGAAGGCCGAGCGUGACCGCGUCCGCAAGGAGGAACUCAAGAAGCAGAUUGCUGACCUCAAGAUUGGUCCCAAGGUUAUUGACCUGGACCUUGACAACCUUGACAACCUCGACUCCAGCGCUAUUCACGCCAUCAAGUUGGAGCAGCUCAAGCGCGAGAAGAACGAUGUCAACGAGAAGCUCCGCAUCGUCUGGAAGCGCAUGGAUCACUUGGAGCGUGCUUUCCGCCAGGAGGAGGCCAAGAAGCUGGGCGACGACUACAAGAAGCAGGUCGAGAAGGACCGCGCGACUUACGAAGCCGUCAAGAAGCAAACUCUCAAGGAGGCUGAGGAGAAGCACAAGGAAGCCGUUGAGCUGAAGCACCGCCUCACCCGCCUGAUGCCCGAGUACGAGUCCUUCCGCUCCAACCUUCACGAGCGCCGCCGCGACGAGUUCGAGAAGCGUCGCAGAGAUGCCGAGAGAGAGCUGGAGAAGCAGAUCGCUGCUCGCAAGAAGGAGUACCGCGAGCGCAAGCUGCGGGAGAAGCGCGAGCGCGAGGAGAAGGAGAGAGCACUUCGCGAGGCCGAGGAGCGCGCCGCCCGCGAGAAGGAAGAACAGGAGAGACGUGCCGAGGCCAAGAGAGCCGAGAUGCAGCGCCUCAAGGACCAGCGCGAGAAGGAGCGCCAGGAGGGUCUCGAGAAGGCUGCUCUCCAGGCGAGACGCGAAGAGGAGGCCCUGGCUCGUCGCAAGGCCGAGAGAGAGUCCGCAAGCAGAGCUCCUCCGUCCCGCGUGCCCGAGCGCGGCGCCGAGCCUUCGGGCGAGGGCCGUCGCCCGCUCAACCUUCCCGGAGCCGGCAAGUGGCGCGAGCGCGAAGCCGCCAAGUCUUCUGGUCCCGCGGACUCGGCACCCCCGGCCCGCGCUCCUCCCCCGGAGCGUUCCGAGCGUGCUGAGCGUCCCGAGCGUGCUGAGCGCCCUGAGCGCGUCGAGCGCACCGAGCGUGCCGACUCCGGCGACCGCCCGAGUGGCCCGCCUCGUCUCAACCUGGCUGGCAACAAGCCCAGCUGGCGCGAGCGUGAGGCCGCCAAGGCUGCCGCUGGCGGUGGCGACAGCAGUUCCGCGCCUCCUCCCUCCCGCACCGCCUCCGGUGGUGCACCCCUCAACCGGGAGGGACGGAACGAGAACGGUCGCCCCGGACCUGAUCGCACCGGCUCGCCUGCUACGGAGCAGCUCAAGCCGUCGGGAGGAGCGGGCAAGUGGGUGCCCCGGCACCUCCGGGACAAGGCUUAA